AAACACACACAAGCGGAGGAGCAGAAACAGAUUGAAAAAAAAAACCAAACCACCUUCCUUCACUCUUUUUUUUUUCAUCCGUUCCUUUCUUCUUCGCGACUUCUAUCGGAGGCAAAAAAUUAAAAAAAAAAUUAGCCUCUCCGGUAAACCGCAGUCUCAGAAGACCUAAUGACUGACCCAGAGCAGAGAUUAACCGCAUUGAAGAAGGCUUAUGCCGAUACGAUACUGAACACGGCCAAGGAAGCUGCGGCACGUGUGAUGGUUUCCGAGAGGAGAGCGCGUGGGUUUCAGCAAGAGCUUGUUGCUGUUAGAGACGAGGCUCUCCGUACCUGUCUUAGGCUUAAACAGAUGUAUGAUUCCAAGGUUAAAGAGGCGGAAAUGAUGUCUUUAAGCAAGCAGCAAAAGAUUGAAGAGCUCGAAGCUCAACUCGGAGAAGCUGAAGAUAUAGUUGGAGAGCUAAGGAUGGAGCUGCGAGAGUCUCGUUACCAGCUCGAGAGAUUGGCAAAUAGUCGUCAAAGUCAAAGCGACGAGGAAAACAAGCCGAGCGAAGUGGUUUCUUUAGCGUGUGAGGACUCUAGUAACCGCGAGAGAACAGUAGCGGCUAGUGGGGUCAAACCACGUUUGGGUGACAGAGACAACAGUAUCAACAGGUGUUCUUCUUAUAAAGAGAAUAAAGAUCCUUGCCACCAUGCUCUUCCGUCCAUACUAAGUAGACGCAGAGACGGUGGAGAUUGUCUUGAUUUGGAAUCGUUGACGUCAUCCAAAACAGAAGCAAGAAAAGAGGAAGAAGAGAAGGAGAAUGAUAUGGAGCUAUUCAGUGCAUCUGUGACGCCUUCUGAGAAACAGUGUGCCCAGUUCACAGUCAAGAGAAAGCGUAAGAAUGAUGCAAGAAGCGGAAGCAGUAGCCCUGAAGGAGGAGGAGGAAGCUCCUCCUCCUCCUCGGAAGAAGAUGAGAGCAGAAACAGAAGACAAAAGACUGGAGAGAAAGACACCGGGUACUUGGACUCCUUCAACACUGAAUCAUCAUCUCGUGAUAGUCGUCGUGUUGCUCAGGUCGCUCGUCAGCUUUUACCAUUCACAGAGAAGAAGGUGUUGCAGGAGAACCAAAGUGAUGAUGUUUCUUGAGUCACAAGUAGUCUCGGAAGGUCCUAUCAUCAGUUGUGUUUGAACUCUCUGUUGAUUAGAGAAGUUAGCUGAAGUAGUAAGAUUGUUAACAUCGAUACACAUUGUCAGAGCUUAUAGACUAAUGGAAAAGGCUAAUUUUGAGUCGUUUA